CGGGAGGAGCCCGCAUCCGCGCAGCCUGCGCCGCCGUCCUGUGCGAGGCGAGCUCCGGAGAGGCUCUGGGCAGCGCUGCGUCCGCCCGCAGGUGUUUCCUAGUUGAUAGUUGGAGCCCUCCAGCAACAUGCCGGAACAGAGCAACGAUUACCGGGUGGCCGUGUUCGGGGCAGGUGGUGUGGGCAAGAGCUCCCUGGUCUUGCGGUUCGUGAAAGGCACGUUCCGGGAGAGCUACAUCCCCACCGUGGAAGACACCUACCGGCAGGUCAUCAGCUGUGACAAGAGCAUCUGCACCCUGCAGAUCACGGACACCACGGGCAGCCACCAGUUCCCCGCCAUGCAGCGGCUGUCCAUCUCCAAGGGGCACGCCUUCAUCCUGGUCUACUCCAUCACCAGCCGGCAGUCCUUGGAGGAGCUCAAACCCAUCUACGAACAAAUCUGCGAGAUCAAAGGGGACGUGGAGAGCAUCCCCAUCAUGCUGGUGGGGAACAAGUGUGACGAGAGCCCCAGCCGCGAGGUGGAGAGCGGCGAGGCCGAGGCACUGGCCCGCAGGUGGAAGUGCGCCUUCAUGGAGACGUCGGCCAAGCUCAACCACAACGUGAAGGAGCUCUUCCAGGAACUGCUCAACCUGGAGAAGCGCAGGACCGUGAGCCUACAGAUCGACGGGAAAAAGAGCAAGCAGCAGAAGAGGAAGGAGAAACUCAAGGGCAAGUGCGUGGUCAUGUGAGCGCCCCCCCGUGGGAGCAGCCCAGGUGUGUCCCCCUCGCCUCCCCUCCCCCUCCCCCGUGAAGCCCACCGUCGUCAGGGUAGCAUGUCCGACGCCCACGUGUUAAAUAUUGCAUUUUGACCGAGAUGUGCACUGCUGUCCUAAGAGGGCACUUCACACCCACCACCAGUAAGCAACCCACCCCCCCGUCCGGAAUCAGGGAAUCUGCCAGAUGCUUAAAAUGAAAAGCACCUGCGGGGCUUGGCAGGGAGCUGAGAGGGGUGCCCGCCAUUGCUGGAGGCAUCCUUCGCCCUCAGGAGGCGGCCGGGCUGGUGCCCACAGAAGCAGCAACGUGUGCUGAGAGGAGGAACGACCAUCCGCGUGCAUGUGAGAGCAUGUUAACCCAGUGCUGCAGCGCCACCCCAAGACCAGGCGUCCCCCCCUCCCCCGCUCCGAAGCCAGUGACAUCCUCAGGGGAGGAGGGGGAGGGGCGCGGAGGGCAGGGAGGAGGUGAGAAGACGGGUCCCGGCUGUUCCCUCCCGUGGUCCUUUGACUGAAUUACAGGUAACGCGGCCUCUCUCCCCCAAAAGGGUGUUUGCUGUCAAUUCCCAGCUGACCUGUGAGCCUGGCUGCUCUGAGGGGGUGCCCUCGCCUCACCAAGCCUAGUUAGCAGGCACCGUUGUAACCUUUUAGAGCAUUUAUUUUCACGUACGACGAGGAGUGCACCAAGAGUGCGCAGCUGUGUCAGAAAUUCUUCACUUUCUGUCUGAAUUGUUGGAAGAUGCCGUGACAACGCUGAAACAUCGCAGUGACGCUCCGGUGUGUUACAACUUUGAGAGUUUCAGAAAUGUGAAAGUUUCCUUCUUUUGACCCAUGAGGGCUGUGACUUCUUCCAGCCCUCAGAUUUUAAAUAAAAACAAUGAAAGUGGCUAUUUUUAGACAAUUUUUUUUCCCUCCAGCAUGAUUUUCUUCUUUUAAAUAACUCGAUCUGUAUCCAGCUGGGUAACGGCCGAUAACGGCCAGUAUCCGAACACCAGAAGCACAUCCGUGUUCUAACAGACACGGACCUGUCUACGCCAUACUUUGAACCUUAAUGAAAUACUUUGAGACAGAAGUUGUUCACUGUGUCUUUGAUGAUCCGUCCGUAACCAGUGUCUUCCCAGAAAAUGAAGACGCGUUCAAGUAAGAGGUGAUCUCGCCCGUUUCGUUAGACGCGUCUUCUCAGAGCGGCUCAGCGCGGUGUUCACUCUGGAAACAGUUCUUUAAUCCUUCAAGCCGAGUUCCGGCCGCUGCAGGUGCCGGCGUGCCGGGUGGCGGCGGGGUGGCCGGGGCACAGCCCGGUCGGCUUACUGCUCUGCCAUCAGCGAGUCUGGGUGGCUCUGCUUCCCUUCCCCCCGAACUCCCCCGACAGAGCCUGUACGUUCUCCUGUUCGUCCCGCUCCGCACGCCAGGCUGGCCUGGCCUCUGCAGUGUUCCUUUCCUCCAUCCUUCCCGUCCCUGCCUGGCAGGCAGAGGAAGUGAAGGCGGCCCUUAAGCUUGCGCCCGGGAGCCUCCUGGCUGGUGGGGAGCAGUGCCAGCUCGGGCAGAGUGGUGACGGUCAAGUCCAGGGCGCUCGCCCACGCCCCCCUCUCCUGCACCUGCUGCGUCUUCCCUGCCCCUCCAGAGCAGGGCUGUCGCAGUGACUACUGGACGGCUCAGGACAGAUCCUCCAGGAACCCUCUCUGGUUAUGUAACUGAGUCCAAACUCGUUCUGCUCGGCACAUGACAGGCCAAUAAAUCGGGAGGAGAGGUGCUGGGGCAAGGAAUAGGAGCUUUAUUCGGAAAGCCGGCAGACCCAGAGGACGGCAGACUAACGUCUUGGAGAACCAUCCUCCUCAAGUCAGAAUUCAGGCUCCUUUUAUACAAAAAAGGGGAGGGGCUGUGGUUGGCUGUUGCAAACUUCUUGCUGCAGGAAUUCCUUGUUCCUGCAGCCGUCCACGUGGGUCAGGCCAUGGUGCCCCUGCAAACCUCCCACAGAACAAAAGUUAUUCUCUGCCGCAGUUGAAUGUUCUUGCCUUCGUCUCAUCCCCUCUGCUCUACCUGUAACUCACCCUUGUGAUGUGUUUGGUGUGUGGGUGGUGCUCUGAGAACCCUUGGCCCCACCGUCUCCCCACUGCCUUGGCCUCCUAGAGGGAACCCGGCAGGGAGGGUGCGGAAGUGGCCUGGGUGCCAGCGGGGGUCCGGGAGCCCAGAACACCGCGUCCAGAACCGAGUCCAUUGUCAGGUCCUAAGACGCACCCUCUGACCGGCUCCUUCUCUUCCAAGUGGCUGUUCCACAGCCUUCGCAGUGAGGGCUCAGUGGCAGGUUUUCUUGAAUACAUUUUUCAACUUGCCCCAUUUCUUUUUCUUUCCCCUCUUUCUAUUUGUAUCCUCAGAGCAAUGCCAUCAGUUUGUCAUUUAGAUCUGGGUUAAGUGGAACAAGAAACAGGCCUUUGUGGCCAAGAUGGGUUCGACUGAGAGGCCUCGGGUGGGUUCUUUGCUGACCGUGAAAUGUGGCCUCUGCCAUGGGCCGCAGUGUCCGAAAGGCCCCCCGUGUGAGGCCCCCCGGCCCUGCUCCUUUCCUCCCGACGCACGUCAGAAGUUCCCGGAGCCCUCCCAAGUCGGCGCCUGUGUUUUUAAGUGUUUACAGCCGCGUCAGUGCGAGAAGCUUGUAAUGACUGAAAAUCUGAUCUCAUUCAAGACAUGACUCGUUCCUCUGGCUGUUGCCUGUGAGUUUAUAGGAAGGUUAUUGAUGGUCUUUGUUCUGAGAUCUUUUGAUGAACUGCACUUGAGGGUAGAGAUGAUGAUCUCAAAAUUAUCUUCUAGGAGCCCCCCCCCCGUGGACUGAGGCCUUGCGGUGUUAGUUCCACUAAAUCAGAUGGUUUUAGCACUUAGGUGGCCCCAUCCCCGAGCGAGUCGUCGUGGUUCUUGAGAACACGUCCUGGGUUGCGUAUGAUGACGGAAGAUUUUGACCUGGCUGCAGCGAGUCACAAAACUCAAAAUACUGCUUUGAGGGUGGCACUCUGGGAAUAAGCAUGGGGCCCCGUGAGUCCCCUACUGUCCCUGCCAGUCCCCCUUCCACCUGGUGACAAGCCAUGGGCGUGCCCUGGGCAUGCAUGCAAUACAGCAAGACCAACACAAGAGCAAUAUUGAAUUGUUCACUAGAUCUUAAAUUAUAUAUAACAUUAUAUAUAUAUAUAAUUUAUCCUCCUGCAUUUUUGAAGUAUAAACUAGUACACUGUACAGAUCUGUAAGCUAGUGUAUUUGUUGCGCCGUUUGUAAUAUUUAAGAAAUGCUCAUUCUUUACAGAACAAAAGUAUUAAAAUAAAUGCUCUGUGAUAUAUCUUUUUUUGUUUGUUUUCCCUCAAAAUUUGUAAUGUGUGGCUCCUUUAUAAACUCUCUGGAAAUAUCCAUAACUCAACGGGACACAUGUAAACCUUCGAAACUGCACCCUGGAACUCAGUGCCCCACAAGGACAACGUGCGGACGGAGCACUUAGAGAGCAUGACUUUUAUACGUGCGGGACAGCGAUGUGUCCGUUUAUACUGAAGGUGUGUUUCCUGUUACAAUCUGUGAUCUAUUUUCUUUACAGUUAUGAAGUUCACUGUUGCAUACAAGUUUCUAGUUGCCAGUGCUGUUCCGAAAAGAAUAAGCAUAUUGAAAUAAAGCUUCUGUUCUGAGACGCGGCUGCCAGGCGGUGAUAUUUCUUGCUCUUUGGGGCAGAGCAGGUCGGGGAGGGUCCUGACCCAGGUUUCCCACAGUGGUUUCCAUAGGCCUGUGGACCAGGUAGGGGGCCGUGAGGCUCUGCGGGUCCAGGGCGGGCGGCAGCAGCCGUCCUGCGGGGUUCUGAGCAAGUGAGGACGUUUUCCCGCUGGUUCCUUCCCCUGGGCUGACAGGAUGCUCCAGGGAGGGGAAGGGGAGAGGCAAGGAAUGGGGGCAGGGUCUUCCUUGGCUUAGAAUAGGAGUGAAAUGAAAAAAAAAA